AUGGCACACAGUUUUCAUCCCGCCCGCGAUCGCCCAGUAUUCGAGCAUGAAAAACUCGACCACAACAAACGAUCGAUUCGGUUGUUCAAAAUCCUGCCUGAGCUCUCAUACGACGGUCUCAUCCAAUGUGAAUUGUGGCACACCACUGUGGAAGACGAACAUGACUGUCUUUCUUACGUAUGGGGUCCAGAGGGAGAUGAGCAAGAAAUCUUGGUCAACGGCAAAAGCUUGCAAGUCCGCAAGAAUCUAUGGACUUUCUUGAAUACAAUUCGCCCAAAGUAUGCCAUUUCGCAGCGCGCAAUUUGGACAGAUUACAUUUGCAUCAAACAAAACUCUCGUUCAGGACACGGUAAGAGCUCGAACUCAGAGCUCAACCACCAAGUUGCUAUGAUGCAUAAAAUUUACUCGGGGGCCCGAGAGGUUGUUGGAUGGCUAGGCUACAGUGAUCGGAUAGAACGAACCUUCGUAUUUUGGCGCGAGUUGAACGCCUUGAAACCCGAGACAUAUCAUGACACCCUAAGGAUGUGGAACAAUCAUCUCAGCAAGCGAAACAAAGAGCUGAAGAAAGACUGGAAGGAGCUAGCGGGGAAUUCAUACUGGAAAAGAGCAUGGAUCACACAAGAGAUACUCUCUGCAAGAAAGUUCAGGCUUCUUGCCAACAACUCGGAAGUCGAGGUUGGUAAGGUUCCUGGGAUCUCGAAGCUACUACCUCGUCACAGUCUAUCAUAUAUCCACCCCCAGGUUUAUAUUCGGAUGCAGACUUUCUACACUUAUCUGGGAGCCUUGUGUGAAUCAGUGAAGGUCGUGGGUAGCCGUUUCAUUUCGCUUUUCCACUUGCUGCCUGGGAGAGAGAGUGAGAAUCCCCGAGACCGUAUCUAUUCUCUCCGCUCCAUUGCUUCGGAUGGAGCCUCUAUUGCCGUUGAUUACGACAGUUCCGAUAAAGAAGUGCUGUUCCAACUUCUCGAAAUCUUCAAACACUCCUUGUGCCCAUGCUUCGUAGCUUACAUGGUACAAGCUCUUGAACUCGAAAACUGCCAAGAAAUUUUUGAUGCAUCAGAGCAGAAGAGGUCUUUAUUCGAAAUAAAAAUGAAA